AUGCUGACCUCUCACAGUGCUUUCACACACAGGACGGAUUUUACCCACAGGUUCGGUGUGCUCACCAUACAGCAUCUGCAGAACAACUACGGGGAAUACUACAGCUUCCUCAGCUUCAUGUCAACAGUGGGUGACCCUCGUAAUAUCUUCUCUGUUUACUUCCCUCUCUGGUUCCACCUCAGCCAUGAUGUUGGCACCAAAAUGGUAUGGGUGGCUGUUAUUGGGGACUGGUUUAACCUUAUUUUCAAAUGGAUUCUUUCUGGGYAGCGACCUUAUUGGUGGGUUCAGGAAACUCACUUGUAUCAAAACGACUCAGUUCCACAUUUGGAUCAGUUUUACAUGACAUGUGAAACAGGACCAGGCAGUCCGUCUGGUCAUGCCAUGGGCUCAUCGUGGUGGUACGUGAUGAUCACCUCUACUUUAAACAUCGCCUCUGGUGUCCAAAGCUCUCAAAGGUUACACUUCUUGAAAUCCUUUUUGUGGAUGACUUUUUGGGUGAUUCAAAUUAGUGUUUGCGUCUUCCGGGUUUAUAUUGCAACACAUUCCCCCCACCAGGCCUUAUCACUGUUUAAAUGUUUCAUAGGAAUGCUGGUUGCGGAGGCGUUUGAUCACAUUCCAUCCAUCUAUAACGCAAGCAUGAAACUGUACCUCCAGCUCAGCGUUUUUCUGCUCUCCUUUGCGGUUUUCUUUUAUCUGCUCCUAAAACUCCUGGACUUUGAUCCGUUGUGGUCAGUUGUCAAAGCCAAGAAGUGGUGCGCUAACGCUGACUGGAUCCACCUGGACACCACACCCUUUGCUGGUCUAUGGAGGAAUCUGGGAGCCUUGUUCGGUCUGGGCCUGGCGGUGAACWCUGAGAUGUUCGUUCAGAGCUGCAGAGGGAAGAAUGGCUCCAAAACUGCAUUUAAACUCUGCUGCAUGGCUGCGACUCUCACAUUUUUGCAGCUGUAUGACUUGAUUAAAAUGCCCACUCACAACGAGCCUUUGUUGUACAUACUGUCAUUUUGUAAAAGCGCUUCAAUACCAUUUGGUGUGGCCUCUGUGGUUCCUUACUGUGUCCAUUUGCUGAUCAGAGACGAAGAAAGAAAGCUGUCUUAGAUUGUUGAAGACUCAACACAAGCCAUUCUACAUUGCUUGGUUUCAAUAUUAUAAAUGUUUAUAAUUGAUUUAUUUAAAUACAAGUUCAAUAUUCUGUCUAUUGCUCUUUGUUUUUUUUUUUGUUGUUUUUUUGGUUUUAUAUGUAUAUUAAAAUUAUUUGAAAUAUUACUUGAUGCCAACAAUUUGAUGUUAAAGUAGUUCUUAGGACAGUUGUGCAAAGUGCAUUAAGUUCAAGAGAAGUACCGAAUAAAGCUUUUAUUUUUC